AUGAGAAAGCCAGGACAUCUUUACGGGGAUUUGUUCCAAUGCGAUCGGAAGGAAGUUAUCUAUCCAGAGGCAAUGAAUUCCGUCUUCAAGCUUUCUACCGUUUGCAUUUUUGUCUUCUCGUUCCUCGCGUCGUCCAGUGUCGGAAAGUUAAUGGGAAUUGAGUUGUUUAAAUCUUUAGCUGUGUGUGUGUGCGCGCACGCUUAUGCAAUUGUUGAUGCGUGUAGAAACAAUGGGAGCUUUGGUUUAUCAUGGUUGAAGGUUAAUAUUAAUAGAGGAGGCCUCAUGGAUAAUUGGGUUUCUUACAUGAUAUUUGAUGGGGCAAGGUUGCAUGAGAAAUAUCCUGACAUGUCUUUGAGCAACGUGCAGUUUCAAGAUGGCGAGACUGUCACUUUAUGGGUAAAUAAGGUUGGCCCGUAUAACAAUCCUCAGGAAACUUACAACUAUUACAGCCUCCCUUUUUGCCGCUCGCCUGGAAACCCAGCUCAUAAAUGGGGUGGGCUCGGUGAGGUUCUCGGGGGGAACGAGCUUAUUGAUAGCCAAAUUGACAUCAAAUUUAAGAGAGAUGUGGAGAGGACUACAAUCUGUGAGAUUGAGCUGGAAGCAGAAAAGGCUAAACAGUUUAAAGAUGCAAUUGACAAUUCAUACUGGUUUGAAUUCUUUAUGGGUAUGUUUGUUAUGGUUAGUUACUAUCACGACACAGUUGCUAACCUACUUUUCUAUUGCUCACUAACUUGUGUGUUGUCUCUUUGCAUUUCAUGGCUCUUCCGAUCAGAUGAUUUGCCACUUUGGGGUUUCAUUGGUGAGGUGGUUCCUGAUAGAACACGUGACACUAAGCACGUACUUUGGACUCACAAAAAUAUUGUCAUUAACUACAACGGGAAUCAAAUUAUCCAUGUAAAUCUUACUCAAGAAAAUCCUAAGCCACUUGAGGAAGGACGAGUGUUGGAAAUGACUUACUCUGUAAAAUGGGUCCCGACCAACAUUACCUUUGCACGUCGUUUUGAUGUUUAUUUGGACUAUCCUUUUUUUGAGCAUCAGGAAAUGAAGAUGGAGAGGGCGACUCUGGUUUAUUAUGUUUAUGGCUUCAUGUUACUCGUGUUUGUGAUACUGAUAAUCGUCACCAUUUGUGUGACGAUUGUUGGCACAUAUUUCUUGCUGAAUGCCGAGAACUAUCACUGGCAAUGGACUUCGUUCUUCUCUGCCGCCUCAACUGCUCUUUACGUGUACCUCUACUCGAUAUAUUACUACCACGCGAAGACAAAAAUGUCGGGUGCCGUUGGGUAUUUGGGCUCAAACUUAUUCGUCAGGAGAAUUUACAGAAACAUCAAAUGUGAUUGAUCUGCGAGCUGUGUGAAAAUACAAAUUCAUUUCGGUUAAAAAGGAAAAACAAAAAGGAGUGAAAACGAGCCGAUGUUGAUGAACUUGCAGAUGAACGUUUUCCGCAGGAGUGAAAACGAGUCGAUGUUGUGUAAGCUCGGCUCAAUUCUUGGUAAAGCAUCGAUCCAGAAUUUUCCUUUAUUUGUAUUUCACGAAUUGCACAAUAUCUUUUACUGCAAAAUGUUUGUAGCAUGUAAAUUUUUUUGCUCUGUAGGGAUUUUGUUGACUAUACAGAACUCUGGCAGUAGUAUAUUUUCUUUCAAUAUUUGUGGACAGGUUUUAUGUAUUGAGAAGCAACAAAAUUGUUACACAUUUGCCCCAAAAUCAAUCAAUUACAUUUGCCCAAUUUUUCAUAGGCAUUUGUAGGCAUAAGCAGUCCAGUUUUAGCACAUUCUAAUUCAGCGG